GGUAGCGCCCCCUGCUGACGUGUCCUGUAUUGACCAGUAAACAUGGAGUUGACGGCUGCACGCCGCUCGUUUCUGUGCGACAUCGGAUUCUGGGCAGACCGGACUGCCCUGCACGAGGCAGCAUUUCACGGCCGGUUUCUGCAGCUCAAACAGCUGCUAGAGAGCGGAGCCUCGGUCAACAUGGGGACGGUGGACAACAUCACCCCACUCCACGAGGCCUGCACAAACGGGCAUCUGAGGUGUGUCCGGCUGCUGCUGGAGGCUGGAGCUCAGGUGGAUGUACGGACCAUCCACGGCAGCACCCCUCUCUGUAACGCCUGUGCCUCCGGCAGCCUGGAGUGUGUCGAGCUGCUGCUGGAGCACGGAGCCAAAGUGAACCCGUCCCUCACAGCUCUCACCGCUUCCCCACUCCACGAGGCCUGCAUACAGGGUAAUGACGCCGUGGUGAGGCUGAUGAUAGCCAGCGGCGCCCAGCUGGAGGCGUACGAUAUCUACUUUGGCCCCCCCCUCCACAUCGCAUGUGCUAAAGGACACAUGGAGUGUAUUAGGGAGCUGCUGAUUGCAGGUGCCAAUGUGAAUUCAGUGAAGUUCCAUGAGACAGCUCUGCACCACGCUGCACGAGUCCAGGUGGUGGACAUGAUCGAGCUGCUGGUGGAGUUCGGAGCCAGCGUGCAUGCCAGCGACAACGUGGGCAGAAAACCUGUGGACUACACCUCGCCUGCGUCUCCCUCUCACACCUGCCUCAAGUUUUACGAAAGUCAUCCUCUGAGUCUGCAGCAGCUAUGUAGGAUCACAGUGAGGGGGACGAUGGGCACCAGGGCCUCAGAGGUCAUAGGUCAGCUGAACGUGUCCCACCGCAUCCACAGCUUCCUCCAGUUCUGUGAGCGCCCCGCAUCCCUGCACAGCCACACAUGAGGGGAUUUCUGCCCCUGCAGGAGGGACUGCUGCUCGAGUUCAAACAUCCCAUUUGAAUUCACACGUCAUGGACUGAAUAUCUGCUCCAAAUUUUAAACUCUAUUAAGUUGUCAAGUUGAAUUAUUAUGAUAUAAAACCCUGUAACCGCAUUAUGUAUCCAGACGAAGAAUAAAAACUGGUCGCGUUCUC